CGUUGGGCGAGGGGCGAGGGUGUGUCGGCGGGCGCGAGGCGGGCAGCGGCAGAGGCAGGCGGGCGGGCGCGCGGUGAGGAGGAGGAGGGGGCGCUUCGGCGGCGGCCGCGGCGGCACCAACGGACGGGCAGGCGGACACCCAACAGGUGGAGGAGAAGGCGGCGGAGAGGCGGACGCAGCCGGCGGGGAUGCUGAGCGAAGCUGUGGAGAGCGGAGGAGGAGGAGGCGGCGGCGGAGGAGCCGUUACCGGCCCCGGGGAGAGCCCCGCGGGGGAGCCCGCGGCCGGCGUGGCCAAGCCCGCCCCGCCCGCGGCAGCCUUACCGGCGGCCCCCGCGGCGCGGAGCCAGGCGGCCAAGCGCGUCUUAGGUGAGGGGGCUGAGUGAGGAGGGCAGGGGCGGAGAGACCCUCUGAGGGAACCGUUUGCCCCGCGAGCACCUGAGGGAGGGGGAGGGGCCUGAGGGUGGGCGGGGCCAGCGCCGAGCUCUGGAGCGGGGGGAGGGGCGCGGGGGGCGGGGCGUCAUGGAUACUGGGGGGGGGGGGGAGCAGGUCCCCAAAAAAGUUGGGGCGAAAAAAGGCUUGGCAAAGUUUGUGGCAGGAGCAGGUUUUUAUAUUAAAAAAGUAUUUGGUCAGGCUCUGAGGUGUGGGGCAGGGGUGUGGCUUAAGAGGUUGGGGGCGGGGCUAGUGGAGCAGGUGCCCAAGGUUUUUUUUGGGGGGGUGGGACCCCACUAAAUUGGCAAAGUUUGUAGCAGGAGAGCCUUAGAGAAAAGUGUUUUAGAGAAACUCAGGAUCUGAAGUGUGAGGCAGGGGUGUGGCUUAAGAGAUUGGGGGCGGGGCUAGUGAGGCAGGUGCCCAAGGGUUUUUUCUGGGGGGGGGGGAUCCCAUUAACUUUGCAAAGUUUGUAGGAACACUUUUUUAAUGAAAAAAGUGCUUUAGAGAAGCUGGACUCUCAGGUGUGGGGCAGGGGGUGUGGCUUAAGAGGUUGGGGGCGGGGCUAGUGAGGCAGGUGCCCAAGGGUUUUUUUCUGGGGGGCGGACCCCACUAACUUGGCAAAGUUUGUAGCAGGAGAGCUUUAGAGAAACUCAUGCUCUGAAGUGUGGGGCAGGGGUGUGGCUUAAGAGGCUAGGGGUGGGGCAGGUGCCCACGGGUUUUUUCUGGGGGGGGGAUCCCAUUAACUUCGCAAAGUUUGUAGGAACACUUUUUUAAUGAAAAAAGUGCUUUAGAGAAGCUGGACUCUCAGGUGUGGGGCAGGGGGGGUGGCUAAAGAGGUUGUGGGCGGUGUCACUUGGACAGAGGCGGGACUAUGAGGCAGGGAGGUUGAAGGCUGGUCCCCAAAAAGAUUGUGGCGAAAAAACACUUGGCAAAGUUUGUGGCAGGAGCAGUUUUUUAUAUUAAAAAAGUGCUUAUUCGGUCAGGAUUUGAUGUGUGGGACAGGGGUGUGGCUUAAGAGAUUGGGGGCGGGGCUAGUGGGGCAGGUGCCCAAGCUUUUUUUGGGGGGGGGACCCCACUAACUUGGCGAAGUUUCUAGGAACACUUUUUUUAAUGAAAAAAGUGCUUUAGAGAAGCUGGACUCUCAGGUGUGGGGUAAGUGGUGUGGCUUGAGGGAUUGUGGGCGGGGUCACUUGGGCAGAGGCGGGCCUGGGAGGUGGGAGCCACGUCCCCAAAACGUUAUAGCUUUUUGGGGGAGCAGGGAAAGCAACUUGACAAAGUUUGCAUUAGGAGCACUUUUUAAAAUGAAAAGAGCUAUAUAGGUCAGGCUUGAGGUAAGGGGCAGUGCUGUGGCAAAAACCACUAACUGCCCUAAAUUUGUGAUAGCAGCACUUUUUUUACUAAAAAAAAGCGAAGACUAAAUUAUAGCAGACCAGGCUUUCGAGGUCCUGGGAACAGAGAACAUCUUAAGGGUCUGUGAGCAGAGUCAUUUGGGUGCGGAGAAGGGCUAGGCAAUGGGGGCCACCCCACCCCCCAGGGGUUGUGGCUCAUUUGACAAAAACACUAAGUUGGCUAAGUUUACUUUGGGAGCCUUUAAAACAAACUUUGAGGUGUGGAGCAGGGGGGUAACUUAAGGGCUUGUGGGCGGGGCAGGAGGGCAAGACACCAGAGAGGGUGGGGGCCAUUCCCCCAAGGGAUUGGGGCUUAAUUGGCUAGAUCCUUAAUUGGCUAACUUUGUUGCUCUAGUUCAGCGGUUCCCAAACUUACAAUAAUAGUGCACCCCUUUUGAGAGUUUUAGUCUUACCAGCAUACUAUUUCUUGGGCAGAAAUAAUUUGGGAAAAGUUUUAAUUAAUACCACUUUCCAUGUACCCAUGGGCGUAGCCAGGCUUUGUGGGUGGGUGGGGGCGGAACUAUCUGUGACACGAUUGGUCAGCUAAGCGUUUUUUCCUCUUGCUUGGGGUGGGCAACUGCCCCCCUGCGCCCGCUCCCCAUUAUGCCCAUGCGUGUGCCUGGUUCCUUUAAGAGGGAAAGGACCUCACCACACAUGCCACCUUGAGCUCAUUGAAAGUGGGAUGUAAAUGCAAGAGUUAAUUAAUUUUAAUUAGAAGAUAUUAGGGUUUGAAUCUGGGACCGGUGUGCAAUGCAUGUUGCCCAUUGGUGAAGCUAUGGCUCCUCCCUUGCUUUGACCCUUUUGGCUUGGAAAUAGUUUAAACUCUGCCACCUCUCUCACAUCCCCCAAUCAUAAAGAGAUGCCUGAAUGGUGUGCUGUAGCCUUUUUCAGGAUAAGCACUUAUGUAGGUAGGAUGCUCAGAAGUGUUCCUGGUUUGGGGCUGGUGAGGGGGCGUGUCUAGGGUUCCAUGGGAGAAAUGGAUAUGGGGCUGUUUGCUUCAGAGUAAAGGUGUUGUUUUUGCUUAAAUUACCUGGCCUUAUAGAGAGCUAAAACCCCCCAUUAGUUUACUUUUAUUGUUAAAUCUCCGGGUGUCAUACAUGUUUCUUCCCCUCCUCAUUUAAUCCUCACAACAAGCCUGUGAGGUAGGUUAGGUUGAGAGGCAGUGUCUGAACCAAGGUUACCCAAUGAGCUUCAUAGCUGGGGAUUUCGAACCCUGGUUUCCCAGGUACUGGUUUGACAUUCUAACCACUAUGCCACAUGGCUAGACCUCUGGCAGUUGAAACUGAUGCAAAUGAAGUUGGAGCCAUGAGAAUUCUGCCUCCUGAAAGUCUAUUGAGGGACUUGACCACCAACUUAAAAGUGUGUACUGCUUCUUUAAAGCCUAGAGAAGCUGGGGCUGUAUAUUGCCAAGCUAGGUGUCUACUAGAUUCUGUUUUAAAACAUUUCUAUGCCGCCCUCUUUAAACUCACAACCCCGCCCCAAGGUCAUACAACAAAGAAGUAUGUAAUAACUGCGUAGUUGUAGAGGGUUGAAAUAAAAAUUAGCUAGCCUUAGGGGCAAAUCUUAGCUUGUUUUGGAACUCCUGACCUGAACCCAGACUCUUAAUGCGUGCAGAGUAGUACUGGGGUAUGGAAGUGGCUUGGAGGUGUGCUUAGAAGGGAAAGAUGUUUCACCAGGUGGGUAGAAGUGUAUCUGCCACUCAACAUGUGAAUUUUCUUUCUUUCUUGCCAACGACUUGCAGCCACCCAGGUACAGGGCACUGUGAAAUGGUUCAACGUCCGCAAUGGCUAUGGAUUUAUAAACAGGUGAGCCUCCCUUGUUUACCUCCCCAAAGGCUCGGAAGAUGCAUGAAACUCUGGGGCCUUUUAUUUUACAUGCUUAUGAAUUUUUAAAUUUGAUUUACGUUCCAUCCUUCCCCCCUAAGAAGGAACAGGCUUGGUUGCAACGGGCUCUUCAUCUCGGGAGGUCAGAAGCAGCUGGAGUUCUGUCAACUCCUGAUCAACAAAAUACAAAACUUUGAGUUUUACAACCACACUUUUAAGGAAGACAACUCUACUGUAGUUGAAUCUAUUGAAAUGUAUUGACUUAAAUAAUAAAUGGACAAUGAUUACAUAAAAAAGAACCCUGCUGGAUCAGACCAGUGGCCCAUCUGGUCCAGCAUCCCAUUCUUCUAGAUGCCUAUCGGAAGGCUGCAAGCAGGACCUGAGUACAGUAGCAUUCAAGAAAGUCCCCUUCAGUAGAUUCCCACUACGAUGGCUGAUGGCAAAAAAGGGAAAUGUAAAGGAGGCCAGGCUUGACUAGUAGCAGGGCCGUCUUAUCCAUAGGUGCUAGGGGUGCGGGGCGCCGGGCUCUCAAGGGCGCCAGGCUGAGAGUCUGGGUCCUGAGAGUUGAGUCCGGGGAAGAGCCCGCCCAUCGGUCGGAGUGCCGUGACGGGCUCUUCUGCUGCAGGCGGCUCUGUACUGCAAGUUCGGGGGUGACCAAGCCAGUGAGACGCUGAGGCGGCCGGCCAGCUCUGCCCUCCUGUGCGCCUGGGACUGGGAACCGGGGCGGGGGGGGCGCCGGGCGGCUCUUUGCACCUCGGCGCCACAUAUGCUUAAGACAGCCUUGACUAGUAGCUAUAUCUUCAGUUCGUUUUGCAUGUUGGCUGUGAAUUAGCAAUGAAGAGAACUGCACUUCAAUGAAAUGAACUUUCUCUUAGGUGAACUGAGCCUGAAAUUAAGCCUAGCGCCACAAAACAGAGCUGCUUCUCAGUUCCUUAAUUUCUCUUAGAGAGCCUCUGAGUCACAGGAGCAAAGACUAAUCCAGAAAUUGCCAGCUGGUCUGCUCUUUUGCAGAAAAAUUCUUGUGCCCCACCCAAGAUAACUCUAGUGAAAGACUUGAGCAUACCUGAGCAAGAUUUCCAGUACAUCUUUGUAGAACUAAUGUACUGAAACACAAGAACUUCUUAACAGGUCUAUAUGUGCAUGCUCGGAAGAAGCUUCCUUGGACCUUUGUGCAUUUGACUGAAUCCCCUUACAAAUAGAAUACUGUUUGCUCGUGUGUGAUUUUAGAAAUCUGGGCUGCUUGGUUGGACUACUAAUCUGUUAGACGCCAGUGUGUGGCUUGGCUAAUACAAACAGGUGAUUAAGCCAACAAGCAGAGCUGUGACACUCCCAGCUAGCCAGCCAAGGACUUGGGAUGUUUAUCCAUGCUGUAUGUUGGUACUAUGAUGCCCUCUUUGGGUGGCUGUAUGUAAAUGGAAUUGGCUAUGCUAGCAGAAAGCCACUGUUCAUACUAAUAGCAUGGAUUUCUGGUGAAGGUGAUAGAGCAGAGAGCUAGAAGCUUUCAGAUGGGGUGUGUGUGUGUGUGUGUGUGUGUGUGUGUGUGUGUGUAUGUACAGCAGUGCUUAAAUGAGACCUGUUGUCAGACUGGGAAUUUCUAUAUUCUGAAUUUCAAACUUCUCAUAAUAUACAGUAGAAACUUAGAUAGCUAUCACAUGCAUCAUCACUUGAUCAGUUAUGGAAGCAUAAUAAGGAAGUGUGCAUGCACACGAAAGCUCAUACCAAUAACAAACUUAGUUGGUCUCUAAGGUGCUACUGGAAGGAUUUUUUUGUUUUGUUUCAACUACGGCAGACCAACACUUACCUGUAACUGAUCAGUUAUAGUUCUCCUUUUAUGCUUGUGGAAAACAAUGCCUGUGACUCAUUUCUCUCAGCUUCCUCAGACUAGGUUAGCUGGGUGCCUGUCCCAGUUGAAGAGGUACCAAGUGGGUAUGGUGGUAGUGACCGUGACCAUAGGCUGGUAUAGGAGUAGACACGUUAAAGUUGUGUUGUGGGCGCUGGGCACGUUACUCAAAUUGCAGCAGGGUCAGGUGGGGUAUUACCCCCCACAAGCCUUUUGUUACUUCCCUGCCUCCAAGCUGUGGAAGAUGGGAUCUGGCUAAAAUUGGGAGAGGAUUGUAGAACUCAUACCUCCCCACUCCCUAAUUUGGGCCCUCAUUUGGCAUACACGAAAUCCAGAACUCUCACCCUCCGCAUAUUCUGAGCUUUGUCUCCCUCUCCUUCCCUCAAUACAGGAAUGAUACCAAGGAGGAUGUGUUUGUGCACCAGGUAAGAAACGCACUAAAGUUCAUUCUCUUUGCCCUCUUCUCUGUUAUGCUGUAGGCUUGUGUCUUAAUCACAAGCUCAUUCUAUGUGGUAAAUAAGUUGGCAAACAGAAAUCUGAAUUACGGUGCUCUGCUGGAUUUCCUAGAGGAAAUUUCCUAGAUGUGGAAAUCAUUGUUUGAAUUAACGAGAGACCCCCUAAAUCCUUCUCUUUAGAUGAUCAGAUGUCCAUUAGAUAGGCACUAAGCUUUAAGGAUGCAAAGCUUGUAUUACUGAACUGGAUGGGUAACUUAUUAAACAAAUGUGCAACUCUUUUGUAGAUUAGGAGCUACCUCUUUUAAGGUAGGUUAGCAUUGCCAUCCAGAUAAAGCUUUAGAAUAACUUCAGUUGCUACAAGUUAUUAUUCCUGUAAACCACAAGCAACAUGGUUCUUCUUGGACUACUCUGUCUAUCUACAUGGUUUGGAGAAUGUUCUAUUCUUAAAACUUGCAUCAGUAGCCAAAUAAGCCUGCAUUCCUAAUUGCUGGUCAUUAUAAAAGAACAUUAAAAAGAGCUAUCUCCAAUUGUUUGAGAGUUUGUUAAUUCAGUUAGCGUAUAGUUCUUGUGCAUUAUCUGUAAAGGUUUGAUGGGAAUAAGGUAUUUGCUUUCUUCCCCACUCCUCAAGGAAGAGCGAUUCUGCGUCCCAGAAACUUGGUGCAGCCAAAAUGGUUUGUUGUUGGUGCUUACAAAAGGGUUUAACUUGGGAAUUGGUAGAAACUUGAGAAUGUAGCAUGAGUUACAUCGCCUUCCCGAAAAGUUCAUGUUGUCUUCUUUGCACUUUACUAGACAGCAAUUAAGAGGAACAACCCCCGUAAAUUCCUCCGAAGUGUGGGAGACGGGGAAACGGUGGAGUUUGAUGUUGUGGAAGGAGAGAAGGUAAGAGGACUGUGGCGCUAGCCUUCCAGCCGUUGAAGACUGCGAUGGAAGAGUCUCUCCCCACUCCUUUUGUUCCUUGUUUUCUUUUGCAGGGGGCUGAGGCGGCCAAUGUGACUGGCCCAGGCGGUGUUCCUGUGAAGGGCAGCCGCUAUGCUCCCAACCGCCGCCGCUUCCGCAGGUUCAUCCCCAGGCCCCGGCAGGCCCAACAGCCACAGGAUGCCACCCGAACAGAAGGGGCCGCAGAGACGGUCAGCGAGGGGGAGAGGGCUGAUGAUGCUAUACAGCAGCGCCCCCGAAGGAGGCGCCCCCCACCAUUUUUCUUCCGCCGGAGAUUUGUGCGGGGGCCUAGGGCUCAAGCCCAGCAGCAGCAGGCCCAGCCAGCAGAAGUGAGUCCUCUGUGGGGCUGGAAUUCGCUAGAGAACCUGCUGAGAGGUGGGAGAAGCAGAGUAUCUAGUCUUUUUCCAGCCAUUGUGGGAGUAACACUUUGCGAUCUCUCACUCACACACAGAACACAGCCCUACACAUAAGUGAAUUUGUACAGAACUUCAUUGUGGCAAAUGGCCUUCACCACUGAGCCAUGAUCUUCUUUGGCGAUCACUUGUAGCUGAGUAAGAUGGGCUUCCCUGAACACACUCUUAACAGUGGCUGUGGAGGCCAGUUCUGGAUCCACACGUCCUUCCACAGUUGGGAUAUAGGUUUCCGGUGGGAGUUGAUCACGGUGAGGGUUUGCCAAGCGUGCCUUCCUCUUAGCACAUUUCUCCCUUUCAUCCUGAAUUUGAGUGUCUUCAAAGCCCAUGACACCUUUUGUAAAGGUUGUUCUCCAAUUGGAGCGCUCACUGGCUAGUGUUUCCCAGUUGUCAGUGUUCAUAAUAAUAAUAAUAAUAAUAAAGAUUUGGCUUGAGAGUCUUUGAACCUCUUUUGUUGACCACCAGCAUUACGCUUUCCAUUUUUAAGUUUAGAAUAGAGUAGUUGCUUUGGAAGACGAUAAUCAGACAUCUGAACAUGACCAGUCCAGUAAAGUUGAUGUUGAAGUAUCAUUGCUUCGACACUGGUGGUCUUUGCUUCUUCCAGUACCCUGGCAUUAGUUCACCUGCCAUCCUUUGCUGUAGGUGUAUUGUACCAAUGGUUCUAAGUGGCUCUUCUGGCCUUGGGGUAAGAGCAGUUUGGGAUAAUACCCUGAGGAACUGAAGGCAUUGUGAUAUUUCUCCCUCAGGGCAGUGAAAGCACAGAACCCAAAGAUGCCACCCAGCCUGAGGGAGACCAGCAACAGCAGAUCCAGGCUGGUGAGAGAGCCCCAGCCCCUCGCUUCCGUCCCAGAUACCGCAGGUAAAGCUGCAGGCAGCACCGUCAUGUCUGUGACUUCAACCAGUAAGACCAAGGGUGGUAUUUCAGUUACAAACCAUCUUUCCCUUCACAACAUCCCUUCUGGGGACCUAUAUCCACAUGAUCAAAGCAAAGAGUAGGGUUAUUUAGGCAGGUGUCCCCUUCGUAUGCUGUUCACAUGCUUGAUGUACAAGAGAACUUUCCCUACUCUUUAAGGAACAGCGUAGUGUUUAAAGGAAUAAGGGAAGUACAGUCGUACCUUGGAAGUCAAACGGAAUCCAUUCUGGAAGUCCGUUGCAAAAUGUUCGGAAACCAAAGCGGAGCUUCUGAUUGGCUACAGGAAGCUCCUGUAGCCAAUCGGAAGCCCCAUCGGAUGUUCGGCUUCCAAAAAUAGUUUGCAAACCAGAACAGUUUGCGGCCUUCGGGAGCCAAAACGUUUCAGAACUAAGCUUCUUUGAAAACCAAGGUACGACUGUAUAUGGCAGCUCCUCUGCUUUUCCAGGAUAGAAACGACAGCUCUCUGCAAGGUGCAUUUUUGAAAGGGAUGAGAAAGGGUCUACUCUGCUAAUAUCUCAUAAACAGUUUCAAGAGGAGAUGCAUAUUCUGCUUUGAAAUCUGCAGCCUCUUCCAAUUGCUUUUCUCCCCCACCUCCCAUUUGAGGAGCUACUGUUUACAAGGAGUUUGCUAUUUAAGUUCUUAAUCCGUGUUGCUAAAUAACCUCCUGCUUCCUUUCAGUCAUUAAGUCUUUAACGUUUUCAUUAUAUUCUUUAUAUCCUGCCCUUUGUCCCAGAAGGCUAACCACUUAAAACAAUACGUUAAUUAUAAAAAACUUUUAAACCACAAACUGAUCUUCAUCAGCUGCCAAGGAGUGUGGUGGAGUCUCCUUCUUUGGAGGUCUUUAAGCAGAGGCUUGACAACCAUAUGUCAGGAGUGCUCUGAUGGUGUUUCCUGCUUGGCAGGGGGUUGGACUCGAUGGCCCUUGUGGUCUCUUCCAACUCUAUGAUUCUAUGAAUAAAAGCAGCAGCAGGUAAUACAGCCCUGAGACCAACCAUACUCCAAAGACCUGAACGCACAGGUGAGUUUUCAAAUUAUGCCUGAACAUAGCCAGGGUGAGGGGCGACCUGAUUUCAUCUGGGAGGAGGCAGUGGCUCCAUAAGCAGAGUGUGACUAUCCUUUGCUUUUCCAGACCUUUCCGCCCCCGCCCACCACAGCAGCCCACCACUGAGGGAGGAGAUGGCGAGACAAAGGCGGCACAAGCCCCAGCGGACGGCAUCCGUCCUGAGCCCCAGCGCCAGCGCAACCGACCUUACUUCCAGCGCAGGCGCCAGCAAACAGCUGCCGCCCGCCAGACUGCAACUGAGGUGAGAUCCAGGGACUACUGAUUGAUCCUACUGAUGGAUAGGAUGGGAUCUCUGGCCAUCAAUACCAGCCUCUGUUCUUCCGUCUCAGUCACUUUGGAAGCUCUAGAACAUGGCCUUGUUUAGUGCAUUUGUUAAAAGUUCAAUGGCUGAGAUAGACGGGAAGCCUUAUCUAUUUAUUUUUGUAUUUCUUUGCUACCUUUUUUGUUUGUUUCAGAGAGUUAGCAACUCCCAAAGCAGCUCACAUCAGUUAAAAAUAAAGGCAUCCCCUGGUGAAACAUAAUCUAAAGAGAUUUUACUUUUUGUGUUUUUUGCUUUUUGGAAUAAUAAAAUAUGUUUAAAUUUAAAAAAUAAUAAUCUAAAGAGAGUGGGUUCUUUAUCUUAACCCAAGUGUUCAUCAAAUGCUCUGAGCAGGAGGAACCUUGCUCACCAAAGCUCUCCAGAUAAUUCUGCAACCAUUGGCUUAAAAGAUGUACAAAGCAAUAUGUUCUGUACACUGUAAACAUGGGUUAAACUUCUUAAGGCAGUGGGGUUUGAAACUGGCUAAUUAUAGUCUUCUCUCCUAAAUGGAAGUAGAAGUAAUUUGAAAAGAGGUAAAAUAUAGCCAGUGCUUACUUACAAAUUUAUUUGACCCAACUGUGGGAUAUUACAAAGCAGGGAGGCAAAACGAAUCUCCUUCACUUCCAACUCCCUCUCUUUCUCCUUUUUUACUGGGGUGGGGAGGUGCCCCUGUCGUCUGCUUUAUUUAUACCCAUGGCUCCUAUGCUCAACCCUCGCAAGAAAUGUAAACAAUGCAAACAGGGUUCUGCUAAAGAAAGAAAACUCUCUUGGCUCCCAGUACGUUUCUGAGCACAAUUAAAAGUGUUGGUGUUGACCUUUAAAGCCCUAAACGGCCUCGGCCCAGCAGACCUGAAAGAGCGUCUCCACCCCCAUCGUUCGGCCCAGACGCUGAGGUCCAGCGCCAAGGGCCUUCUGGCGGUUCCCUCAUUGCGAGAGGCAAAGCUACAGGGAACCAGACAGAGGGCCUUCUCGGUAGUGGCACCCGCCCUGUGGAAUGCCCUCCCAUCAGAUGUCAAAGCGAUAAACAACUACCUGACAUUCGGAAGACAUCUUAAGGCAGCCCUGUUCAGGGAAGUUUUUAAUGUGUGACAUUUUAGUGUAUUUUGGUCUCUUGGAAGCCACCCAGAGUGGCUGGGGAAACCCAGCCAGAUGGGCGGGGUACAAAUAAUCAAUUAUUAUUAUUAUUAUUAUUAUUAUUAUUAUUAUUAUUAUUAUCAUUAUCUCUGCCUUGCUGACAUGGCAUAGCUGCCUUGUUCUUUCUCAGUAUCCAAAUCUCCCACUCACUGUUCAGAAGGGCUGUGCGAUGGGCAAGCUUUUGUGCCUUACUUUGACAUAGGUGAGGGGCAUCCGUAAACUGAGCUAGGUUUCUGUAGAUCUUGAGGAACUGCACACUCUGCAUGCACAUUCAACUACCGAACAUAAAAAUGGCCUGCGUGUCAAUGCCAAUCUCUAUUCAGAAACCUAACCCCGCUUUUUUUCCUGCCUAAGGCUACCACAGCUACCAAAGAGCAGCCUGCUCCGAGCUCUGCUGCUGCUGGUGGAGACACCCCUGCCACUAGCACACCUGCGAUGGCUCAAGAAGCAGUGGUGGAAGCCAGCAAGCCUGCUUCCCCAGCCCAGGAGAGUCCCUCCCAGCCGCUGCCGGAGAUCCAGCAACAGCUUGUGGAUGUAAGUAGAUGCUGGCAGUGAAAGGCCCUUAGUUCCCUUAGAGUCCUCCGUUCCCAGGACAAAUUCACAGAAGCAAGCAAGCCCUGUUCUAACCAGAGAUGUUCCUGGACAGGGGCUGCAGGGAGUUGCAGUUCUACAGCAUGUGGGGAGAGGGCAUAGGUUUUGCCUCUCCCUGUUGUAAACCAAGGUGCAUGAAUUCUGGUUGACGCAGGCUGCAUCUUCUGUCAGUACAGUGGUACCUCUGGUUACAUACUUAAUUCGUUCUGGAGGUCCGUUCUUAACCUGAAAUUGUUCUUAACCUGAAGCACCACUUUAGCUAAUGGGGCCUCCUGCUGCUGCUGUGCCGCCACGCAAUUUCUGUUCUUAUCCUGAAGCAAAGUUCUUAACCUGAGGUACUAUUUCUGGGUUAGCGGAGUCUGUAACCUGAAGUGUAUGUAACCCGAGUUACCACUGUAUAUGGAACCUGGAAUGCUACGCUGCAUAUGGCUAAGACCAUGGGUAGGCAAACUAAGGCCUGUGGGCCGGAUCCGGCCCAAUCGCCUUCUAAAUCUGGCCUGUGGACGGUCCAGGAAUCAGCAUGUUUCUACAUGAGUAGAAUGUGCCCUUUUAUUUAAAAUGCAUCUCUGGGUUAUUUGUGGGGCAUAGGGAUUCUUUUUUCCUUUUUUCUUCAAAAUAUAGUCUGGCCCCCCACAAAGUCUGAGGGACAGUGGACCGGCCCCCUGCUGAAAAAGUUUGCUGACCCCUGGCUAAGAGCCAUUAUGUCUUUCUGGCCCUCUGUCAUGUUUUCCUUUGCCACACGGUGUCCUCCGUGAGUUAACUUCAGAGACGCAAAGUUAUUAGUACAGAAAGGGACCGGCUUGUCAACAGGGCUAAUUUUUUCUUUGCAGAUCUCAACACCUGAGCCUGGGGGAGAGCUGGCCCCAGCCCUACUGGCGUGAUGAACCUGCACACGGUGAGGGGAUGCCAAGAGCUGUGAUCUGGUAAGGGCGCCUGGGCAGGAAUGCUAAAACUGAACAGAGAUGUUGUUGAUUUAUUACAUUUGUAUUGUGCCAUCUGAGGCGCCCAGGCAGUGCAUAAGUGGUCUUCCCUCCCCAUUUUAUCCUCACAGCAACCCUGUGAGGUGGGUUAGCCAGAGGAAUUGGCUCAAGCCCUGCUAAUAGCUGGAUGAGACUUAAAAGGUUAGCAGUCUAAGAUUUCCAAAUUUGAUGCACUUGUGUGCCUUACAUCUGCGAGGAAACAGUCUGAAUGGAAACUUCUAAAUCCCUGAAGCAAGCUAGUUUUUCUUCCCCUUCCUUUGGGUUCCCCUACUGUUGUGACAUAGUGCUUCACUGGGCAUAUGAUUUCAGAAGUGAAGAAUAAGAUGUGCUGGGCCCGAUCUCUGGUUUUCAGCCUCUUCUGAAAGGGAGCUUUUUAGCAUUUAAGAGCUGCAUGGCAAAAGAAGUCACACCUCCUGAAUUAAUUCAAAGCUCUCAAAGGCACAAGAGGAUGCUUUGAGAGGCUUGAGGGGUUAUCUCUGAGAAGAGGGAUUAACACUUCUUGCUGAAAAUUCAGACUGACUUUUGUUUCUCACCAUAAACUACAAUUUUCAAGGUUUUCUUGUGGGAAACAUUUAUGCUUGAAACUUGCAUUCCUGCAUUGGCUCCCAGUACAUUUCUGAGCACAAUUCAAAGUGUUGGUGCAGACCUUUAAAGCCAUAAAUGGUCUCAAAGGCCCAGUAGACCUGAAGGAGCGUCUCCACCCCCAUCGUUCAGCCCGGACACUGAGGUCCAGUGCUGAGGGCCUUCUGGCCGUUCCCUCAUUGUGAGAAGCAAAGCUACAGGGAACCAGGCAGAGGGCCUUCUCGGUGGUGGCACCCACACUGUGGAACGCCCUCCCACCAGAUGUCAAAGAGAAAAACAACUACCUGACAUUCAGAAGACAUCUUAAGGCAGCCCUGUUCAGGGAAGUUUUUAAUGUGUGACAUCUUAGUGUAUUUUUGGUCUUUGUGGAAGCCACCCAGAGUGGCUGGGGAAGCCCAGCCAGAUGGGCGGGGUACAAAUAAAAUUAUUAUUAUUAUGCCCCCAUAACUUCUGUAUUUCUGCUAGAGCUUGGUAUUUACCUUGUGGGAAUAGCAGCCCUAUGUCCUAUUCUGCAAAUGCAUCCCCACAACUUCUGCUCCCUGAAGGCUGCUGCUUCCAGCUUCUCCUUCUGCCUCUGACCACAUCUUUCCCCCUCCACAGGUGUCCUCAAUGUGCCUACAACCCAAGUUACCUCAUCCUGCACUUGAAGAGACCCCAAACUUCACCAAUACCCCCUUUGCUGCUGUUGAAGCCCUGAAUGUGAAAAAAAAAAAUAGUAAACCCGAGGGGGGGGAAUUUGACCAAAAAGAUAACUCGCUUUGCUUUAAAAACCUUCUGAGGGGUUUGUCUUCCCUCUCCCACAGCUUUGCCAGUUUGAGAAAAAUAAACUGGCUGUUGAAUCUUCAGUUAACUUUUUUCUCCCCCAUUGUUGAAGAACACCCUGUGUGAACCAUUGUGUGCAGUUUGGGCGUCAGUAAAAAGAAAAAUUGCACAGAC